AUGAAGGGGUCCCUCAAGGAGAUUGUAAACUAUUCUUUUGGUCAUCGUCUUGCAAAGAACGCCACUUCGAUCGGGUAUGUUGAUCAAUCGGAGGUGGAGAAGAUCGUUGUGGGGACUGCUUCUAAUAAGGUCAUUCUUCAAAAUUCGGGUAGGUAAUUGGAUUAUACUGCGAGUUUUGUAUAUUCGGGUUUAAUUUUAACAUCUUCAGAAGCCAUCUUCCAUGUGAAUGAACCCAUUACAUGGAUUGAUGUUCUCCCUCCAAAGCAGCGAAUCACCUCUGAAUUGAAUUGUGAUCUUGUUGUGGUUGGGACGGAUAAAAGUCUUAUCGUAUUUGAUGUUUACAACAACAAGACAAUUUUCCAUCGAGACAUGCCUGAGGGCAUUUCUUGUGUUAAGAUAGGCAGGGUGGAAGAACAACAAGAUAAUUUAAUUAUUUGUGGAUGUGGAUCUACAAUCUGGGGAAUCGACGAGCAAGGCGAGGAUGUAUUUUGGACCGCCUUGGGUGAUGACGUGAAUUCCUUGGAUCUUUGUGAUAUUGACCAUGAUGGAAUAAAUGAGGUAAAAAAAAAUUUUUUGUUGAUCUUCAGCUCUCAGCUGAUCGUUGGAACCAAUGGAACCGAAAUCAAGGUGCUGAAACAACAAUCAUUAAUGAAGGAUCUCGUGGAGGGAGAUCCGUGUAUGUUAAUUCGAACUUUGUGUGAUGGAAAGUUUGCAUUUGGGCUGAAUAAUGGGGUCAUUGGAGUAUACAGAAAAUGGGAAAGAUUGUGGAGAAUCAAGACAAAACAUCUGAUUAACAACCUUCUCAUCUUUCCAAUUGUACCUGGAGACGAAAAGAUUUAUCUGGGAUGUGUCUGGCAAAAUGGAAAGGUAUCUCUUAUCUUGCUGGGGAUUUUUAUGUAAUCUCAAUUUCCAAAUGAUCUUUUUAGGUGGAUGUGAGAGACGCUGAUAAUGGAGAAAAUUAUUUGAAAACACAUCUCGAAGGGGAUGUCGCUGGCUCUGUGGUCUUGCGAAGGAACGGGCGGAUGGACCAAUUAUUGGUCACGUACUUCAACGGCAAAGGUAAGCAAACAAAAAAGGACUUGCACACUGUCAUAGUGAGAGGAGUAGAACUGAAUCCGGAUUUCGAUGAAGUCAGUGACGAGAUUGCGGUUCUUCAUGAAUUUGGACAAAGAAAACACAAUCUUAUGGAGGAAUUGAAGAACUACGAGGCUACAGAGACACGAGAUCGGUCCCAACCAGGCAUUCCUUUGAACACUCAGAUGGACUGUACUCUUGAAUUAACGGAGGAAAGAGGUCUUCUCCUUCAUAUUCAUGUCUCCAACGAUAUACCCAUAAAGGCUGUGUUGAUGUUUGCUGAAGGAAUCUUUCCGUCGGAGUGUUUUGCCAUGUAUGUAUAACCAUCCAUGUACUAUAUUUUCAGUCAUCCAAAUGUAGAAACUUCGGAUAUGUUUACUAUCAUCACCCCGUUAAAGAAUACCGCGACGGAUAUUUUGAUGAGAGUUAUAAUUGGAGCCCAAGGAAGGUGAGGGUCCACUCUUUCCACAUUUUGUAUGCCACUUUCUGACCUGUAUUUACUCCGAUUACAGUACGCAACUUCGUGUGUUGGAAUUCGACCGAUCACUCCCCAAAUUUUCAACAUACGUGUAUCUGGAAGGUGGCGUAACUGCCCCCGAGGGAUUUGUUGAUUUGGAGUUUACAGUCAGACUGGAUUUAUUAAAUCGAUGGUUGGCAACAAACUUCUUAAUUAACGAUGAGGUCGUAAACACUAUGAACAAUGAGAAUAGCUGGAGUGUUUCCUUCAAGUGCUGUUAUACGAAGGAAGUCUUGCAAAUUGAGAUCAUAGGUGGUCGGGUAGGACUUAUAAGGCGUGUGUCCUUAUCUUUCACAAGCUGACAAGACAAGAACGUUUUCUAUCUAAAAUCUUUUUGUCUGGCCGGUUCACAGUUAAAAAUACACACGCCUUAUAUGACGUUAUUGUCGUAGGUGAUCAUCAAACACAAUUUGAUUGAAAUUGCUGGAGAAGUUGUUCAAUCCAUGGUGCAAUCAAUGGAAAUAAGGCAGCUGACAAGUCGAGCGCAUUUCCCCAAAUACCAAGAACAGCUAAUGGAGUUGAUAAGCUCGGUAAGGAUGUAAAAUAUCAUCCAUGUAGGUAUCUUAGAUGGAAGAUCGUUACACCAUGAACGAUAAACUGACUGCGGAAUGGACCGAGAGGCUAAACUUUAUCCGCGAGACUGUUGUCCGAGCAGAAGACGCUCUAAUAACAGAUCAAACUACCAAAGCCAGGAAACUGUACGUUCGCGUGGCAAUGCUUAACCGGGAAUGCGUAGCACAACGCCAAAUUUUGAUGAAUUCGGUGGAAGCUUUGGUCAGUUCUCUGAAGAAACUGAAUCUGUUAAUCAAACAGAACUCUCAGCUAAAGAGUGGGUUCAGUUUUAUACUGUAAUUAACCGUUAUUUUAGUUGGUGAGGACGCCAACGAAUUGGUCAGGGAAUGUCGAAAGCUUUUGGCCGCUGAGAACUUUAGUGUGCUCGGAAAACGUUUACAAAUAUCUGGCACUUAA